CAUAACGGCCCAUGUACCCCUUGUUUCGGUGAUUGUCACAUGGUAGACCUCAACUCCCCCUCCGCGCAGUGAACCUUACCCUCGAUAUCAUGUUUACAAUUGCACAGACGCGAAUAACUAGCAGCAGUAAACUUUCUUGAUGAAAUUCAGAUGAACAGGAAAAUGUCAGCCUUCCUUGGUGACGCUGGAGCCCUAAGUAUCGGAGCUGGUGUUGUUACUGCGGUAACUGCUGCUGCUGCCACCUAUUAUCUGUCCACAAGACCAGAACCAAACGUCCUUCCAACCAUUGAUCUCAAUGAUCAAGCAGUUGUUUUAGAGGAUGGUACAAGAUUGUCCAGGUUUAUCAAAGAUGGGAAACUGAUGAAAAAUUUGUAUGAUGAUGUAAAAACAUUAUAUGAUGCAUUUCAAAGAGGAAUGAAAAUAUCAGGAGAUGAACCAUGUCUUGGAACUAGAACUGGACCAAAUUUAGAGUAUCAAUGGAUGACAUACAAAGAGGUGUUUGAAAACUCUCGAGCAUUUGGUUCAGCUUUGUUAGCCAGAGGUCUAAAACAAAAUGAUUCAUCUUUCAUUGGCAUCUACAGUGUUAACAGGCCAGAGUGGGUGUUUACAGAGCAGGCAUGUAGCAUGUUUUCGAUGGUCUCUGUUCCUCUCUAUGAUUCCUUGGGACCUGAUGCAUGCAAAUUCAUCAUCAAGCAAGGUGAUAUUGGAUAUGUGGUUUGCGACACUGCUCAAAAGACCAAGAACUUGCUAGCCAAAGCAGACCAAUGUCCCUCCCUCAAAUGUAUAAUAAUGAUGGAGACCCCCUCAGAGGAGCUCAAGACCCAGGCAUCCAAGUGUAAAGUAGAUCUGGUACAGUUCAGCGAUUUCCUGGAACUUGGCAAGAAGAAUCUGAAAGAACCAAUGCCCCCUAAGGAAUCAGAUUUAGCUACUGUCUGCUACACAAGUGGAACAACAGGUGAUCCUAAAGGUGUAAUGUUGACACAUGCCAACCUGAUAAGUAACAUGUCAGCUGUGGCAAAGACUGCUUUGAUGGCCAUAUCAGUGAAUAGCAAUGACGUUCAUAUCUCGUAUCUUCCUUUGGCUCACAUGUUUGAGAGAGGGAUGCAGAUUAUUUGUUUUAUGCAUGGAUGUAGAAUAGGAUUUUUCCGUGGAGAUGUGAAGUUGUUGACAGAUGAUAUGCAGGCAUUAAAACCGACUCUCUUUAUCACUGUCCCCAGACUUUUAAACAGAAUCUAUGACAGGAUUGUUAAUAGUGUUCAAGGCAGUGCAUUAAAAUCGAAGCUUUUGGAAUGGGCUGUGAAAGCUAAGACCAAAGAAGUUGAAAGUUUUAUAGUAAGAAAAGACAGCAUUUGGGAUAAACUGGUUUUUGGCAAGGUACAGAAAUUACUGGGUGGCAGAGUGAAAAUUGUAAUCACUGGGUCAGCUCCACUGGAGGCCAAAGUUUUCAACUUCAUCAGAGCAGCUUUUGGUUGUGUGGUGAUGGAGGGAUAUGGACAGACAGAGGCCACGGCUGGGAUCACUUUCAGUAUAGCAGGAGACCCAUCAACAGGCCAUGUUGGUUGUCCACUUCCAUGUUGCAAAGUAAAACUUGUUGAUGUACCCGAGAUGGGUUAUUAUGCUAAGGACAAUAAAGGAGAGAUCUGCAGCUAUGGCCCAUCCACAUUCAUUGGUUACUUUAAAAAUGAAGAGAAGACAAAGGAAACAAUUGAUGAUGAUGGGUGGCUUCACACAGGAGAUAUUGGACAGUGGCUACCAAAUGGUACACUGAAAAUCAUUGACAGAAAGAAGAAUAUUUUUAAACUUUCACAGGGGGAAUACAUAGCCACAGAAAAAAUAGAGAACUGUUAUGGUAGAAGUCAAUUUGUGGCACAAGCAUUUGUGGAUGGCAACAGCCUCAAGAAUAAUGUGGUGGGAAUAAUUGUACCAGACCCAGAGGUCAUGCCAGGCUGGGCUGAAAAAGAAGGAAUUUCUCCAGACAUGACAGAGCUCUGCAAAAAUAAGAAAGUGAAAGAAAUGAUAUUCAAAGAUAUAGUUCGAAUUGGGAAAGAAGCAGGAUUGAAGACUUUUGAACAGGUUGCAAACAUUACUCUCUAUCCUGAAUUAUUCUCCCUGGAAAAUAACCUACUGACACCAACUUUUAAAAACAAAAGACCUGUUCUUCGAAAGAAAUUUCAAUCUGUGAUUGAUGACCUGUAUGCCGAAAUUGAAAAGUGAAAUGCUAAAUGAAAAACUAAAGAAUCAAUAUUAUAUAAAAAAUUACUAAAGUUUUAAGGUAUAUAUGUGACAUGAUGUCAAGACAGAGUAUUUGACAUCAAAAGAAUAUACAAGUUUUUCAGAAGAGUAAUGUACAUUACAGUGCAGGUAAUAUGGACACUUGCACUAUACUUUUUACACCUCUGUAGUUGACCAAUACAAUGCAGGCAUUUAAGGUAGGAUGGCCAUACUUAAUUCACACAUUGCAUGUGGCAAGAGAAAUAAUUCAACCUACUUAAUCUUAUUUUUACAGUAAAUAAACGAUUACACUGUGAUAUUGGACUCUUCAUAUACUUACGAAGAAUGUAUAACAUGUAUAUAACUAUUAUAGUACAUGUUAAGUAGAUAAGUAGAAAUAUCUACCCUCAUUAUGUUCAUACUCAAACUAUAUUGAAAAACAUGUACAAAGGAUGUUUUGAAUCUGUUCACAUUGUUUACUUGAGAAAUAUUUUUUUAUCAUCAUCCAUUUGCAUACAUUAAUGAUAAUCAACAAUAAAAUUGUAAUUCAUUCCUA